AUGAGCGUCUUUUACAAAUUUAAGUCCGCCAAAGACUAUGACACCAUCCCUUGCGAAGGAACAGGUGUGAGUCUUGGCAAACUCAAACAAGCCAUCAUCACACAAAGCAAACUUUCUAAAACCAUGGAUUAUGAUCUUGUUGUUCAGAAUGCCCAAUCGGGUGAGGUUUACAAGUAUGACCAAGAUAUUGUACCAAAGAAUACAUCCGUAUUGGUGAAGAGAGUGCCUCUGAAUAAAGGUGGUCUCGGAUCGGCUAAUAAUAACCCCAGUGCGAAUGCCCAGCCUGCUGUUGUUCCUCCAAAUUUAUCAUCAAUUAAUACACCAACAUCAUCAUCAGGAAGUACUAAAAGCCUCACGGGAUCUUUGUUAUCGAGAAGUACAACAACGUCAUCAUCAUCAACAAGCGGAAAUACCGCAAGUACUGGUCAACCUUCGUUUUCAUCCCUUUUCCCAUCACUUGGAGGAAAUACGAGCGGUGAACAACCCAAAGAAUUCAAUGAGGAAGAAAAAUUGAAAGCUGUUUUGACUGGUAUGACGGAAAAGUGGAUUCCUGAGACAUCUACUCAACAUCAUCAUUCUCAUUCAAAAACUCGUGGUGGCGUUCCUCCACCUAAUUAUAUUUGCCAUCGUUGUAAAAAACCUGGCCAUUACAUCCAAAAUUGUCCAACCAAUGGAGACCCCAGAUACGAUAUUAAAACAAUUCGUAGAGCAACUGGUAUUCCAAAGAGCUUCUUGACUCCUGUUGAGACUCCACAAGUUGACCUUUUAAGCGGAUCAGUUGUCACACUUGGAGGAAAUUUGGCUGUUGUAUCUUCGAAUGAUCAAAUGUUUGCUAAAGCUAUUGGAAAAAGAUCUAAUAUAUCAGAAUUGAAAGAUAUUCCAAAAGAAUUUCAAUGUCCUUUAUGUUCCAAACUAUUCAACGAUGCUGUUACCAUUCCGUGCUGUAAAACCAAUUACUGCAAUAAUUGCAUAACUCAUGCUUUAAUACAUAAUAAUUUAACAUGUCCAAAUUGUCAAUCUCCUGAACAGUCUAUUGAUAGCUUGACUCCAAAUUAUGAAUUGAGAAACAAAGUGGAAAAAUUUAAAUUAACAUUAGAUCCAGAUCUUGCAAAAGCAACUGAUACUAAGGAUACAUCAAGUACACCUCCACCAACCACCUACAAUUCUAGAAGCAAUGUUUCUGAUCACAAGAAACAUCUAUCUCAACACCAGCAACAACAACACGCACCUAGGAAUAAUUAUCCACCAUCUAGUUCAUUACAUCAACCUCCUCAACAACAACAAUAUUAUUCUGGUGGAGACAAUAAACAAAAUCUCCCCUCACAACAGAGUAACAUCAGCCGUGGACAUCCUUCAGAUCAUAAACAUGGUAAAUCUUCACCUCAGCGAGACAAUUACGACAGAAGAGGAACUACCUCGGCUCCUUAUUCUUCUUACAACAGAAGCACUUCACAUGAUUCAUACGACCAUAGAAGAGAUGGUAGACGAGACGAUAGAAGAGACGAUAGAAGGGAUGAUCGGAGAGAUGACAGAGAUUACAGAAGAGGAGGCGAUUAUCAUAAGAGAGAUCGAUAUGAAGGUCGUAAAGAUUAUGGCGAUUAUCACGAUUACGACAGAAAGAAGAGAAAGGAUUAA